AUGGCGGCUGCGAACUCCCCCCGCGCGGCGGCUGAGUCCGUCAAGCCCACCGGCAUUCCCCACUGGCGCCUGAUUGUCGACCAAGGCGUCGUCACGCAAGACAUUAUCGACUAUCCAUAUGCGGGCUCAGGAACCGAAGAUGAUCCUUUCCUCGUUACCUGGAUUCCUAAUGAUCCACGGAAUCCUAUGACCUUCAAACCGGCCACAAAAUGGUUCUACACAAUGACCAUGGCGUGGGCCACCUUGGCAGUGUCCCUAGUUUCCUCAGCCUACACCGGCGGCAUGGAACAAAUCCUGGAAGAUUUCAGCGUGGGCACCGAGGUUGCAACACUGGGCGUCUCGCUUUUUGUGGUGGGCUUUGCCAUAGGACCUUUGCUGUGGGCCCCCAUGAGCGAGCUCUGGGGGCGACAAUACCUCUUCCUCUUCAGUUACUGUGGCCUGACCGUGUUUAACGCCGCCGCCGCGGGUGCCCCGAACAUCCAAGGGUUGAUCAUUUUCCGAUUCUUCGCGGGAGCCUUUGGGUCUUCUCCAUUGACCAACGCCGGUGGAGUAAUCGCAGAUUUGUUCCAGGCAAAGCACAGGGGUGUUGCGAUGAGUAUUUUCGCUGCAGCGCCAUUCCUCGGACCCGUGAUAGGACCUGUUGCUGGGGGUUUCCUAGGAAUGAAUGCAGGAUGGCGGUGGGUGAUGGGCCUGUUGGCUGCUUUUGCAGGGUCCCUUUGGAUCGUUGCCGGUCUCAUCGUGCCCGAAACAUAUUCCCCUGUUCUGCUGCGACGUCGUGCAGCCAAACUCUCCAAGAUAAGUGGAAAGGUUUACAAGAGCAAGGUGGACGCGGACCAGGGGCGGCGGCCGCCAAAGGAGAUCUUCAUGACUGCGUUGUCUCGUCCAUGGAUCCUCUUGUUCCGUGAGCCGAUUGUUCUCUUGCUCUCGAUCUACAUGGCUAUCAUUUACGGCACUCUAUACAUGAUGUUCGCUGCCUUCCCGAUUGUAUACCAGGGACAGCGCGGUUGGAACCAAGGUAUCUCCGGCCUUGCAUUUUUAGGGAUCGCGGUGGGCAUGAUGGCCGCCGUCGCGUACACACUCUGGGACAACAAACGCUACAUUAGAGAACAGGACAAGCAUGACGGAUUUGCACCGCCGGAGGCUCGUCUCCCACCUUGCAUGCUCGCCGCGAUCGCUAUCCCUGUGGGUCUCUUCUGGUUCGCCUGGACCAACUAUCCCUCGAUACACUAUAUGGCUAGUAUCGCGGCGGGGGUGCCGUUUGGAUUCGGCAUGGUCCUCGUGUUUCUAGGUCUGAUGAACUAUCUCAUCGAUGCCUACACUAUUUUUGCCGCCUCGGUUCUCGCCGCCAGCUCGGUUCUUAGAUCGCUCUUUGGGGCCGUGUUCCCUCUUUUCACCACCUACAUGUACGAGGACCUAGGGGUACAUUGGGCGUCUAGUAUCCCAGCAUUCCUAGCUGUCGCAUGUCUUCCGUUCCCGUUCUUGUUUUACAAGUAUGGCCCAGCCAUUCGACGGAAAUGCAAAUACGCGGCCGAGUCGGAUGACUUUAUGCGCAGAUUAAUGGAACAGGCCGUCACCAAAGUGCCCCAAGAGACGGAGGAGACCGAAAAGGGGCCACAUACGGAUGGAAGCCACGAGAAAGGCACCACCUCCACGUCGACGACAAGCGAGAGUUCCCCGGUUGAAGAUCUCCCUUCUGCAUCUCAAUUCCACAGGACGCGGUCUUUGGCGUCUCAAACGUCACGUCUGUCGGAUGGUGUGACGUCGCAAACUGUAUACGACGCCAACCCCUACGACAUCGACCGUGUGAAUACACAGGAGUCAUUUAAAUAG